AUGCUGUUCACCAAAGCAGCCCUGGCCUUCUCUUCUCUCACUCUCCUUGCAGCCGCUCAAAAUUCUGAGGAUGCCUUCCACAAGAGCCUGAAACCGAGCCUGGGCAGAACUCCCACCAGUACAACGAACAAGCUUCUCAUGACCCGAGAUCUUGAUAAGCGUUGCACUGGCAGUUGCGAAGAUUGUUUCGGAUCUGGGUACACGCUCUGCCCUGGAAGCAGCAUCUACUGUUAUCUCCCUGGAGAUUCCUACUACGGCUUGGACUCUUGCAGCUCCGACUACAGCAGCGAUAGUACCUCAACCGCUGAGGCUCCCUCAUCUACGUCCACAUCUACCGGUACCGAUGAUCUUUGCUAUCAAACCGGCGCAACUUGCAUAUCAUGCUUUGGACCAACGUACCUAGACUGUCCUGAUGGCUACCACUGCUACGAUCCCAACGACUCACUAUAUGAUACUUGCCCCGACGACGAGGACACAACGAGCGGCGGCUCUUCCGGUGCUACCUGCGCCGACACUUAUGGUUCCGGAAGCGUGCCUUGCGGUGACGAUUCUUGCUAUAACCCCGGCGAUGGUGAUGUAUGCUGCGAUGAUGGAUACCACUGCGAAGGAGGAUAUACCUGCUCAACCACAGUUGGAAAAUGCUGCGCUCCAGGCUCAACAUCUUCAGGGUGUACUGGCAGU